AUGAUAACAACAGCACGGCAGCAGCUUUCAUUGCAGGAAACUCUGGCAGCAACAAGAUUUUUCCAAAUGCACAUCCUACUGAUCCUGCUCAUCUGCUGUUUUACACUGCUGACGGCACAGCAGCAGCAGCAGCAGCUACAUCCCUCAUGGCUUUACUCGAUGCCCUGGCGUCCUUUGAUCCUGCCCACGGCAACUCCAUUGUCGGGAAUGGCCCAGCUGAGUCCUGGUUACAACACGGGUCCCCAGACAUUUCCGCCAGUUCCAGAGGACCAACAGCAACGGCAGCAGCAUCCAUACAACCUCCAACUGCAGCAGCAGUAUAAGCAACAAAUUCAACAGCAAUAUCUACAGCCUACAUAUCCACAACAGUCCAUUCUAGUGGGUUUAUUCGCACCACAGCUGCAGGCUCAUCCAUUGGCAGCUCCUCCACAGGCAGGACAUUUCAGUCUGCCUUUCAGGCCAUCACCCUUUGCCGGCUACACGGAUGACGAAGAUGCUGGGGGUCAGGGAAAUGGCAUCCAGGAGCAACAACAACUGGAGGAACCUCCCUUCCAUGCCCAUUCCUAUAACAAACCAGUGGCGGAGAGAUCGGAACAGUCAAGGGGAGAUGAAGGUUUUGGGAGAGCAGUUGCACCGCUAAGCUAUGUAUAUUUAUCACCUAGUAAUGUUUAUAAUCUGGUAAAAAGUUAG